AUUUUUAGUUACGUCGCAUGUCCCAAACGCUUGUUUUUCCAGUUGCUCUGGUAAAUCAUUUCUCGUUUUCCCGUUGUCCAAUUCACCGCCUCUUAUUUUCAGUUUGAGUUCAAGCCGCGCACGAUUGGGCUCAUUUUCCUGAUGUACUCGGUGGCAUACGGCGUGGCGUCGCCAAUCUCCGGCCGGCUCAGUGACGUUAUAAAUAAUCGGCUGCUGCUGAUUGGCUGUGCGCUGGUGCUGACGUCACCAGUGCUAAUAUGCUUCUCACCGCCGACGCUCCUGGCCUUCAUACCCAGUGACCGGCUGUGGCUGGCGCUACUCUGCCUCUGCCUGGCCGCCGCCCUGAUCGCCGCCACCAUGGUGCCGACCUUCGGCGUGCUGCGGGACAUGCUCAAGGGUCCGGUCGGCCUGCCCGAUGACGUCACAACGGACGCUCUGGUGUCGUCGGCCUUCCAGACCUUCUUCUACGUAGGCUACGUGGUCGGACCUGCUGUCGGCGGACUCCUGGUGGACAGCAUGGGCUUCAGCAACUCGGUUGUAGUCAUCAGCGGUGUCGUCCUGUUCUGGGGCGUGCUCUCGCUCAUCACGGGCUCCGUGCUCGCCUGCCAGCGGCCCAGCCCCGCGCCCCGCACCCCCCUGGGCGAGGAGGCUGCCGCCAAGCGGCGGCCGGAGAACCUGGACCUGUCGCGCCUCUCCAUCCGCGACUCGGGUGGCUACAAGAGCUUCCUGCCCGAGGUGGGCAGCCUGACUGAGGCCGACCCCGAGUACCGCAUCGCUGAGAUGAUCAAGAACGCCGACCUGCGAGAGCUGCAGGAGCUGCUCAAGAGCCCGCUUGACACGCCGCCGCUGCCCUGGUGA